CAUUCACCCUCCUCCUUCCACAGUCUGAGCACACACAUAUACAACCACCCGCAGUUAGUUUGACUGCCAUCGGCUUGGUGCACCACGGUUCCGUUUCUUUUUCCUAGUGUAAAACCGCUGUAAAUGACAGUGCGGCACUGCAUUGGAGGCUCUGACUUAAAAGGGUUCAUACAUUUACACCUGGAUACGGUUGCUCUCAGGACGACAGGGUGGAGACAUCAGGACUGAGUCAGACGUAUAGGCACCUAUAGGGUCAACCUCUACUGUUUCAAGUGGAUUCGGACUUGACACAAGCCUGUCCUGUUCUGAGAGGGGAGAGAAGCAGGUGACAUGACUGGAGCUGGGGCUGAGGAUGACAUCCCAUUGGGUGAAAGGAAGACGGUCACAGACUUCUGCUACCUGCUGGACAAGUCCAAACAACUCUUCAAUGGUCUAAGAGAUCUUCCUCAGUACGGACACAAGCAGUGGCAGUCCUACUUCGGCCGCACCUUUGACGUCUACACCAAGCUGUGGAAGUUUCAGCAGCAGCACAGGCAGGUCCUGGACAAUCGGUAUGGCCUGAAGAGAUGGCAGAUAGGGGAGGUGGCGUCCAAAAUAGGCCAGCUGUACUACCACUACUAUCUUCGUACCUCAGAAACAAGUUACCUGAAUGAGGCCUUCUCGUUCUACUCGGCCAUCCGUCAGCGGUCCUACUACUAUCAGGUCAACAAAGAGGAUAGGCCUGAGUUGGUAGUGAAGAAGCUCCGGUAUUAUGCCCGCUACAUAGUAGUCUGUUUACUUCUGAACAAGAUGGACCUAGUGAAGGUGCUGGUCAAGGAGCUGUCAGAGGAAAUCGAGGACUAUACACAGCGCUUCAACACAGAAGAUCAGUUAGAAUGGAAUCUUGUCUUACAAGAGGUGGCAGCUUUUGUGGAGGCAGACCCAGUGGUGGUGCUGAACGAUGAAAACACUGUGGUCUUCACAUCCAAUCGGCUACAGGAGGGGGGCGUGCCUCAGUUGGAACAGGGAAUGGUAGUUGGCCAGCUUACCCUGGCAGAUGCACUGAUCAUUGGAAACUGCAACAACCAGGUAAAAUUCAGUGAGCUAACCAUCGAUAUGUUCCGCAUACUCCAAGCUUUGGAGCGGGAACCAGUCAACCUGGCUACUACAACUUCUAAACCUGGAACAUUGGCCCUUACCCCAUGUCUUCCUUCACAGGAACCCAGCGAGAAGCCAGCCAAGAGAGAGAACCCUCACAAGUACCUGCUGUACAAGCCAACGUUCAGCCAGCUCUACACCUUCUUGUCUGCCUCCUUUAAGGAGUUGCCAGCGAACAGUGUGCUGCUCGUCUAUCUUUCAGCUACUGGAGUCUUCCCUACCGGACGCUUGGAUUAUGAGGGACCAUAUGACUUUGGAGGAGUUCUCACCAACACAAACCGUGAUGUGGUGAACGGGGAGACUGUACAGAAAAGGAACCAAGCCCAAAAAGAGAUGCACUGCCUUCACCCUGGGGACUUGUUCCCUUUCACCCGGAAGCCUCUCUUUGUCAUUGUGGACUCUUCCAACAGCACAGCCUAUAAGAAUUUCACCAAUCUCUUUGGUCAGCCGCUGGUGUGCCUGCUAUCUCCCACAGUCUAUCCAAAGAGCAUGCAAGACCAGUCUCAGCGCGGCAGCCUCUUCACACUCUUCCUGUACUGCCCCCUUCUGGCCUUCUUGUCAGUGUGUGGCCUGAGCAGCCUGCGCCAAGGAUUGUGGGAGAAGGCCGAGGAGUUUCUACACAAGGUGUACCGUGACAUCGGCCAGAUGAUUACACGCUCACAAGCUAUAGACCAAGCCUUUCUACAGUUCUAUGGUGAUGAGUUCCUCCGAUUGUUACUGAUCCGCUUUGUGUUUUGCUCGGCUACACUGAGACUGCACAAGCUCUUCCGGGAGUCCAGGAGCUUCCCGGAAUCGUACCCUCAGCUACCCAAACAGGACACGGUGGAGAGCAGCCUCCUGCAGAAGCACGUUCUGGAGCUGGCCGCCAUGUUGGAUGUGCGGAGCCUCUUUUGGGACGGAACGCUGGACGUGAACUACUAACCUUCAACUGCCCAGCUAGUCACCACAACUAUACAAACGCAGACCACCGCUAUACACAUUCGCACAAGGGAGAGUCCUCAUCUUUGAGGUAAUUAAGUUACUGGUUGAACACACUGCAAUAGUGUCUGUUUCUUUUUAACCCAAGAUCCCCUUAUUUCCCCUACCUAAUUUACUUUACCCUGUCGGCUAUACUUAUUUCCCCUACCUAAUUUACUUUACCCUAUCGGCUAUACUUAUUUCCCCUACCUAAUUUACUUUACCCUAUCGGCUAUACUUAUUUCCCCUACCUAAUUUACUUUACCCUAUCGGCUAUACUUAUUUCCCCUACCUAAUUUACUUUACCCUAUCGGCUAUACUUAUUUCCCCUACCUAAUUUACUUUACCCUAUCGGCUAUACUUAUUUUAAGUACAUUCAUACAGCUACUUGUGGAAGUCAACUAUGUACAAUGCAAACAUGAACAAGUUACCUAGCUACUUAUAUCCACAUGAGCUGAGCAUGUACUGCUGUGUUGUUACUAUAAAAAAAAAAGCACUCAAAUGAACACAUGGUGCAGCUAUUUUAGUCUGAGGGUGGCAGGAGGACACGUGAAGCUAUCGAUGGCUUUAACACUUAAAAAGACAGAAAAUAAAUUAACAUAGUUUUACGACAGCACUGCCUGCAAUGGGUUCUAAAUGGAUGCUUCCAGCUAUCUGAACUGCAAAUGAACUUCAAUGCAAGCUGUAGGGAAGUCCCCUCUUCUGUGCAUGGGUAGAUGUGUUGGCCAAGUUUACUGGAUGUAGGGUUUAGAGUGAGACUAACCUCCAUAUUUGUUUACCCAAAUAGAUCUGCUGGUUUUAACACAUCUAAUUCUAAUGUAAUUGCCUGGAAGUUGCUUUUUUUUGUUUAGUUUCAGUAGUCUGUUCUGUAAAACUGAGGCCUGGAUGGGUAAAGUAACAGAGUGCCUGCCUAUGCAGACCCUCAUGAACAGUUUAGCCCUGUUCAGAAACAACCACUUUCUCCUACCCUCUAGGCACCAGCUCUGACCCGUUUAGAUACCAGCUCCUAACAUCUAGGUACUAACAUACGGUGGCGGUGUCAGCGGCUCUGAAUGAUCUGCAAACAUAUCCGCUCAUUUAGUGCAGUGACUGAGCAAGUGGGAGGUCGCUAAUCUAUUUUCACUGUCUAUUACUCCUUGUAUCAGAGCAAGUUUUCGGACUGGGUUUACCGCGGGUAUAUGUGUAAGCACCCUGCAGGUACACAGCUGCCCAGCCCCUCACUGGCCAAUCAAAAUAGAUAAAUAGACACAUCUCUCCCAAUCUUCCGCUUUUUCAAAGAAAUCACUUGAGGAACCAGGGUAACACUCCUUCUGGGGUGGAUCUUUUAAAAGAUUUAGCUUUGACCUUGAUUGGCAGCAUAUCAUUGGCUGCAUAUCUUUUGAGACAUUGUAGGGAUGGAAAAGGCCUCUCUAUGCUGUAGCCUAUAUGUUUUGGGGGUUGCAUCCCAUGGCAAUUAUAGUCUUACGUAUUCUCUACUUAACCGGCUUUCUCCUGACCAGUUCUUUCAGACCAGUGGGGAUUAAGGAAAUUAGGUAAACGGGGUAGAUUCUGAGAUUCACCCCUCCUGAUUCAACAACUAUUGGUUUCUGGAAAUGUAGGACUUUGAGAGGCCCUGUGUCAUUCAUUAUAACUAAGCCCCCAUAAUGGCAUUCCUCUGUCUUAGGCAUGAUGGUUUACUGGAGAGAGCUCAUGCUGCUGUUUCUCUUUCUUUGCAUGUCUUAUCAGUAUUCUUGUCCAUAGAGUUUACUCUGUCGAGUUCAUGUUAGUCUGUUUGCAGGUCAGUUCCAGCGUUAGCCGUCUAGUGAGUGCCCUGAAUGGCAGCAAGCGUCAUCUAAUUUCCCUAUAUUGAUGGGGGCUUGACGCAAUGGAACCGGGUAGUGCUGAAACUGACUUCUGGCAACCAUUUUUAAGUACAUGUGUGUGGUGAUGAACAAAAAUAGCCAAAUCAUUUUGUUUUUUGUAUUUACUGAGAGAGAAAAAAUGAAUUUCAAAAUUAAGAAAUCACAAUUUUAAAUGUAUAUUUAUGUUUAAUUGAAAAUAACAGUAUGUGAUACAGAGAGAUGUUUGGUCUUUAGUACGUAUGUUGAAUUGUUAAUUGUAGAAGCUGUGAAAAAUAUAUGCAGUUGGCACAGCAAUUUUAAUGAAUGAACUGCACAUUGUUCCCCCCAACCCCCCCAUCAGUUGUUUUGGUCAAAUUCAGCCAGCAUACAUUCCAAGGACAUGGAGAGAGUCGGGGAAACUGACACGGUUCUCCCCAUUGAAACAAACAAAAGUGGACCAUUUCAACAUGGGAAAUACUACUCCCCAUGGCAAUUAUAAUCAUAUUUUGUUUAUUUGUUGACAAUGAUAAUAUGAUUAAUAAUGAUGAUAAAAACAAUAGUAGCCUUGCACUUUACUGUAUUGAAUUAUGACCUAAUCUUAUUUGUCGUGCUGUCAGUAUAAAGGCAUGCCAGAGAACGUCCAAUCCAUUAUUCCCUAUGCCACCCCACGAUCAUUGUAAUACACAUUUAGAUAUUUGAUGUUUUUGUCAAUGACAAUGGACAAGAACACUGUCCAUAUUUUUUGUAAAAACCUUAAUUGUUGUGAUAUAUGAUGUUAUCUGUGUUAUUUCAUUAGAGCAUGCAUGUCUGUCCAUGUUUGGGAUGGCAGCACAGGGCAUGAUCAUCCAGAUCACACAAGACUAGCAUCCUAGCUCACUGGGAAGCACAAGCUAGUGCAACGAGCUACACUACCGUAGCUCAUCUUCUCUUCACUUAAGGGACCCACUUUCAUAGAAAUGUAUAUCUACAAAGCCUCUGUGGACUGUUUCAUUCAAACUGCCUUUUGGUUUUAUCCAGUUUUUUUUCUUCAAGCACAUCAUGACCGCGGCGUCACAGUCCAAUUUUUAAUUGCCACCAUUUUUAUGGACCACUCCAAUUUCCAUAAGAGUUAUCACUGCCAAAACAAGUUGACUGAUGAGCUUUCAGGGGAAGGCCAUGAAGAAUUACUGUCCAGUUGAGCAUAUCACCCAUGUUUUCUUGGACUAUCCUUGAUUCAUGAAUUUACAAACAUGACAAAGUCCUCAAGGGAAGAGGAAAAGACAGAGCACCCAUACUUAACUAAACCUGAUUCAAAAAGGUUGACGCAUUGUGACCGUGUCAUAUCAUACACUGUGAAUUGUAUGCAGUAAAACCAUUUUGGGACAUGUUUUCCUGCUUUGUCUUUGGGCCUUUGUUUACAGCCCGUUGUAAUCUCGUGGUGACUUUACUCUCCUCCAUGUAGUGUGUUAUUGUGCAUUGUAGUUAGGAGCAAGAGGGGAACAAAAAGCACUCAUAUUCUUAUAGAAAAGUGUCAAAGCUUCCUGUGCAAACUGAAGUGAAGCUGCCCCUUUACCAUGUAUCCCCAACCCAAAAUAGGUCUUACUAGUGAGGAUAGUACAGUAUAUGUAAAGUACAUAUGAUAUUUAUGCAUAAUGACAAAGCCCUAGACACCAUUUUAUUUAUGUUAUAAUACUUGUAAAUUGUGACAGGAUGUGGGCUGACCUCUUUCCCCUGUUGGCAUGUAGUUGAAGCCCCUAAUAGGGUGAAAUGUUGAGAAACAAAGGAAUGUCCAUUCUAUAAAUUACGUAUCUAUUAUUUGAAAGUCAUGUCAAUUCUGUGCAAUACAUUUCUAUCUGCAAUGCUUUGAACGUUUCGCACCAUUUGGAUAAGCCCUAGAUGAGUAACACAAUGAUAUGGAACAAAAAUAUAUUUAAGUAUGAACAUUAAUUUCUUGGGCCUAAAUCUAAAAUGUUACUUUGAGAGUAAGGGUGUUCUUUCUACCGGUUCCUACUGUUGUGGGAGGGAACGAUUUCAAAGUGAUAUAUUGGUCGGAAUACUCUUUCUUUAUAAGUUAAGGGUUUCUAGAGAUGCUAGUUAAACAUUAUUUGGCAUUCUUUGUUUAUAUCCUUUAAACGGUUCUGUCCCAUUUGUUGCCAAUUAUUUGAUGUUAAGUAUGAAGGAAAAAUAAGUUGACCAAAAAAUGCAAGCUUUUUUGAAUGCUUUAAGAAAAUUAAAAGUUUGACUGUUUUGUUUUAA